AUGCCGCGUCUCUCCCCAAUCUCGGCGAAAGCCAUUGAUCGGUUGAGAUCGUACAAAUCUCCAGAAACAGUAUGGCAGACAAUGCCGCUCACGCGGAAGGCUGCCGUCUUGAUUCUACUUUUCGCAGACCCAAAUGGGGAGCUGAGAGUGGUCAUCACCAUGCGAGCAAGCACCCUAAGCUCAUAUUCCGGCCAAGCUGCCUUACCGGGCGGCAAAGCUGAAGAGGGCGAGACAGCCUUUGAAUGCGCGAGGCGUGAGGCUUCGGAGGAGAUAGGUCUUCCUCGGCGUGCAUCGGCUCUACCACGACCUUUCAAAGUCGAGCAUUUAUGUGAGAUGGCAACGAAUUUAAGCAAGAACGCACUUGUAGUUCGUCCUUGUGUUGCAUUCCUACAUUCUUACGACCCAGAGACUGGGGAAGAUGCCAAUGUGGGAGAAAAGCUACUCCCAAGGCUGGACGCGAGAGAAGUAGCGGCGGUCUUUUCGGCCCCCUUCAGAAACUUCCUGUACAUGGAAGAUCUGCCGGAUCAACCAAAUCUCCCGGGCAAACCAAGUGACUGGUACAAAGGAAGCUGGACAGACUGGCAUCAGAGUCAAUGGCGCAUGCACAAUUUCUUUGUUCCCGUCACCAACCAGAUCGUCUCCAAGCCGAAAAGAAGUGAAGAUCAGAAGGCUGCGGCAAGCCACCUGGACAAAUAUUCUAGGUACCGGGUAUUUGGCAUGACCGCCCGGAUUCUCGUCGACGCCGCUCGUUAUGCCUACGACCAAGAACCCACCUUCGAGCACAAUUCUCACUUUGGAGACGAAGACAUGAUUGUCCGCUUAAGAAAAAUUGGCUUUUUGGGUGAAAUCAGAAACCGGGACGAUGAGUUGUCCAAGGAAGACCUGGUCAAAGCUGCAAACCUCUGA